UAUUGAAAGGAAGUUGAUUGAAAAAAUUUAAGUUACAUAAAUUUAUGUGAAGUUAUAGCCUUUUUGGACAUUUUGGAUCAGAAUAUUGUGAGUCAAAGAAUUUUUCGACGACUGAACUGUCACAUUUUGUGGUCACUGAGACAAUUGGAAAUAUGUAAACUAAUAUAUAAAAUAAAUUGAAAUCAUAAAUUGGUUUUAUCUAUUUAAAUUAUAAUGAAAAAGAAACAGUAAAAUAAAUUAAAUCAUUUUCAAAUUGUGCUAAACUGUAUAGUUCGGUGUGGUUGCUUUGCGUCCUAUUUGGAACACUCCUAAGCCUAAUUUUUUUUGUUGAGUUGAGUGAACGUGCGAAACAAGGAGUAAAAUAUUUCCAAGGCGCUUUCAAGCCGGUCAAUGUCUUUUUGUAUAAGAAAUAAACGUAAUUUUAAUUACUUGCGCAACUUGACUAAAAAUUGCGGUGGUCACAAAGGAGCCACCACUGGCAUUAAUAAUAAGCCAGUAGGCGGUACUGGCAGCGGUGUCGGUGUCGUUGGUGUUGGUGGCUUAGGUGGUGGUGCCAAUAACGCUACAGGUGUUGGGGGCGUUGGAACUGGAAGUAAUGGAGCUGAUGAUGGUAACGGUGGACCCGGUGGACCAAACAAUCAACAGACUACACCACAAUAUACAAUUCCAGGAAUUUUGCAUUUCAUUCAACAUGAGUGGUCAAGAUUUGAAUUGGAAAGAUCACAGUGGGAUGUAGAUAGAGCGGAAUUACAGGUGAGUAGUUUAUUACUGUAA